UCUUCUCUUUAUAAAUACAGAAACCACCGCAACCUGAAGACCCCAAAUCACGAAAUCAAUUAGGGAUUAAGAAAACGAGAAAACCCUAAAUCAGAAGAAAGAGAGUGAAAUUGACAAUGUGUGAAGCCUUGCAGAGACAAUACCAAUUGCUGGAGGAGAUUGGUCGUGGUAGAUUCGGCACUGUGUUUCGCUGCUUCGACCCUAAUUCCGGUGAGUUUCUCGCAUGCAAGGUUAUCGAUAAGGGUCUUCUUCUUGACCCCACCGAUCGUGCCUGCAUCGAAAACGAAUCCAAGUUCAUGACUUUUCUUUCUCCACACCCUAACAUUGUUAAGAUUUUCGGAGCCUAUGAGGAUUCCGAUUCUCUCUCCAUCGUCGCUGAGCUUUGCGAGCAAGAAACCCUAUUCGACCGAAUUGCUGAUCGACCUUUGCCGGAGAUAGAGGCCGCCGCCGUAAUGAAACAGCUUCUUGAGGCGGUGGCGCAUUGCCACAGGCUGGGGAUAGCGCACAGGGACAUAAAGCCAGAUAAUUUGCUUUUCGAUAGAAGGGGGAAUCUGAAAGUUGCGGACUUUGGUUCGGCGGAGUGGUUCGGCGACGGAAGAGGGAUGAGUGGGGUGGUGGGGACGCCGUAUUACGUGGCGCCGGAGGUGGUGAUGGGAAGGGAAUACAGUGAGAAAGUUGAUGUUUGGAGCUCCGGUGUGAUUCUUUACAUAAUGUUGGGUGCUAUUCCACCAUUCUAUGGAGAGAAUGCUUCUGAGAUUUUUGAAGCUGUUGUUAGGGCUAAUCUUAGAUUCCCAACUACCAUCUUUAGGUCUGUUUCUUCUUCUGCUAAGGAUCUUCUCAGAAAGAUGAUUUGCAAGGACCCUUCAAGGAGAAUUUCAGCAGAGCAAGCAUUAAGGCAUCCAUGGAUCUUAAGUGGAGGAGGUGUGACUAGUGAUCUGAACUGAAGAAAGUAGAGGAAGAGGGAGUGAUUGAAUUCGAGGAAUUUCAGCAGCAAUUUUCCAAUUUUGUUCAUAUGUCACAUAGAAAAUUAGGUGUAGAUUUACCACCCUUAACAAAAAAAUAAGAAAAGAUAUAUGGUUGAUGGUUCUAGAAAGUAGAAACUCUUAUUUUAUGGAGUUCUACGAUUUUAAGCUAGACUCUGCAACUGGUUUUAGUUUCUCUGUUCUUUCCUGAUGUACAGAGUUUUCACUAGUGAAUUAUAGAUUGUAUAUUGAUAUUCAUGUUUCA